AUGCUAUGGGCCCUACCCGUGCUCGUCUACGCAACCUCGGUGGCUAAUUGCGUUGCUGCGGCUAGACGUUGGCCAUCAAGAACUGCCCCAGUCACCACAGGAGAUGGGAAUCCGCGCUUCCAGUGGCUGUCAGGCGCCAAGACACCUCAUGUGAUCUUCUUUCCCACUUCGAGAAAGCAGGUUUUCAACUACUGGAGCUAUCUCCCUGGCGCCGCUCCUGCACUGCUGCGUGAGAUGCAGGCGGAGAUGUUUUCGACAGCAACAGCCCUGGGGCUCGUCACACAAAUCACUCUCCUCUCAACAAUCCGGCGCGCAGGGAAAUUUGAGUCUCUGCAGGUCGCCUCAGCCCUCCAAGUGAUCACGCACGUGUUCGACAGCAGCAGUGCCAGCAGCCGCAAGCAGGUGGGGCCGAACGCGGGCAUGGGCGCGUACGCGCAGAGCGGCAACAUCGGCAGCAUCAACAACCAAAACACCGUCAACGACCAAACCGCGGACGCCACCAAAACCGGCCCUGGCACCCCGGGCGUCAUCGCGACGCCGUACUCGCAGUACCAGCGGAGGGGGGCGACGGCGUACCAGACGAACACACAGUCGCAGACGGCGACGACCAAUGGCAUCACGCCCACGUACCAGUUCGGGUCCACAUCAGCGACCAACACAAUAACGGCCCUAGGCGGGGGCGCCGGGUACGGUGGGUUAGGAACUCUUGCGGGCGGUACAGGGGCGGCGCUCGGCGCGCUGAGCAGCGCAGGGGUGCCGUUUGCGACAUCGCUAAUGUCGACGAAUCCGACUGGCGAUCCCAUUGGCACAGGGGUGCGGUGCAUGAGUCAGUUUGCUGGUGGCGGGUGCAGUGAGGAGGGAUUUUUGCCUGCUGCUCAUGCGAGCGCGAGGCCCAUCGAGGUGAUCUCCGAGCUUGGACCAGCAAGCGCGUAG